AUGGACAGAUGGAAGUAGUAUAUAGUUGCUCCGUAAUAGUUAUUCGAAUUAGUGUGUCUAACAGCUGUAAUACGACUAAUCCAGCACAGCAGCAUCUCCGUAUUCAUCCCACUUGAUCUCACAUGCCAUCAUCAUCCCCCAGGCGGAUAAAGGCUUUGUCUCUCUGUCUCCCCCAAUCCCGCGCCACCCCGUCGUCAGUGGACCCUAGCUUAAGACUGGGACCCCAAAACGACGGAAAGCAUGUCCGGGAGCUGAUGUCGGGACUCGUUAUUAGCGAGCGAAACGAGGCGCGGAACAGCCGUACUGCACUGUAUCUCCUGGGUAUUGCCGCAGGUUGGCUGCAGGGGUGGGUUGCAUACUUGCAGGUACCUGGGCUUUGCCUAGAUAGAAUCAUGUACAGAACAUAUCGCGACAUUUCUUGCCUCUCUUCUUUCUGUCUUUUUGCUUCAACUUUUCUAAUUACUUUUACAUGUCAUUUACUUGGCAACUAAUUCUCUCUCAACUUCACUGUAAUCUCCUCAAACUCAGCUAAACUCCCACUAAUUCAACCAUCAAAUUCCCAUCCCACUCCCUCCGGAUUCCCCUUCCGGCCCCCUUCACGGCUACAUCCUUUAUCUACCCGGCCCUGCCAUUCCCAUUCCACCCCAAUCAAUUACCGAACCUACAAACCGGCGGCAAAAGCCCCUCACUUCCAACCCCUC